CCUGUGAACAGCCGCGCCGUUUUCCUCUGUUAUUUGUAUGCUAAUGAGGCUCCUCCAUUCAUGCGCGUGCAGUCCGUAGUAAGACAUGCGCAGUGCGGAGGAAUAAAACGGACGGAAUUUCAAAGUUUCCGAAGGAUCAACCAGAAAUGUUUGGAUUUCACAAAUCCAAGAUUUAUCGCAGCCAUGAAGGCUGCUGCAUUUGCAAGACCAAGUCGUCCAGUUCUCGCUUCACAGACAGCAGCAGAUAUGAGGAAACCUUCCGCCUCUGCUUCGGUUUAUCUGAAGACCGAGUCGGCGACAUCUGCAAUGCCUGUGUUUUGCUCGUAAAGCGAUGGAAAAAGUUACCACACGGAUCGAAGAAGAACUGGAAUCAUGUGGUGGAUGCAAGGGCAGGACCUGGCUUCAAGCUGACAAAACCCAAAAAAGUAAAGAAUAUCGACGGGAAGAAGAAAAGCAAGCUGAAGAAGCUACACAAGUUUAAACGGCAAAAUUCUGAUGCCCAUAGCACUACAUCCAGCAUGUCUCCCUCUCAGUCUCCCAGCCACAGUAACCAAUCUGAUGACGGUUCAGACGUCGAGACCAAACAAAGGCGCCCGACACCAGCAGGCUUCUCAUUUCUUGACCUGUCUUACUGGAAAAGACAGAAAGUGUGCUGUGGCAUUGUGUAUAAAGGCCGCUUCGGUGAAGUCAUCAUUGACCCUCGCCUCUUUAAGCCCUGCUGCGGUCCAAAGCAGCACCCGACGGUAGCAGAUUUACCCGCAACCGACUCCCCGUGUGCCGCCAACACACUGCCAUCCCCCCUCGCAGAGGACUUGAAGGAGACCUGGUGACCUCGUUGCACUUCUCCUCGAGGCUCUGUUGCGUUGUCUCCAGUGGCAGACUCUACCAAUCCCACAUUACUAUAUAAAUGCUGAUUCCUGCCUUUUUGUUCAUUUGUUAGAGGGAUUUCCUUUUUUUUUUUUUUUUUUUUUAAGGGAAAGUCAAUUAAUUAAAAUAAGCGGGCAUUAGUAAAUAUAGAAUCAGGAUUGAAUUGACGGUUUAAGACGUGUAAUCCAUUUUGUCUUUCUUUUUUAUUAUAUUUUUUAUAUAUAUAUAUUUUUGGCACUGUAAAAUAUUUUGCAUUUUUGUAGUGCUUGUAUAUAUUUUUUUUUCCACAAUCCCAGUGCACCAAACGCCUCCUACCUGGCUCCUAGUUUCCUGUUUGUAAAUUGAGUUGUUUAUAAAUGUUCAUGAAAUAUGGUGUAUUGAUGUGUCCCUGAUGGAAAAAAAAAUUGAAUUUUUAAACACACCACCUCUCCUGUGUCUACAAGUCUAUGUGACUGAUGUGCUGGUACAGUAGGCAGUUUUAUAACAUACUGAUUAGGUUGAGGUUUGAACAGGCUGCUAAUUAGUGAAUAUCGGUGAAUACUGCUCAGAUCGUGUCUGUUAAUCUCUAAUUCCUGGUUUUUAUUGUCACAAAAUGCAGGGCACAAACCUAUUACCAGUCCAACCAAAAAUAAAAGUGCAUGAUGAUAUGGAAAUAAUCAAAGUGAUAUUUAUUAUAGCAUGCUCAAACAGCAUGUGCUAAAUUCAUCUUGGGUUAUAUUGUUUAACAUGCAGUGUGAUGUUUUUGUUUAUUUUUAAAAAUUUUGAUUACUAGUAAUUUUCACUACAGGUUGUAACAUCUGUUGAUUGUGUGACUUAAAGGAAAAAGGCUGUACAUCUCUUUUGGUAGCAGCUUCUAGCCAGUGCAUGUUUCUGACUUUUGUAAAUGUUUUCAUGUACAAAAAGAAAUUCAGCAAUAACGUUAACUGUUUGCAUCUUGACAGUGUGCAGAUUUUGAAUUCUACAAUGUGAUGGCUUUUUGCCUUUGGCGACGGGUUUUUUCUACUCAGGCAGCUUAUAAUCCGAAGUAACAAUGCAGAGAAAUUCACGUUUAAAUGACUCGUUUGUAGGAAAUAAGAAAUGACAUUAAGUCUUCGUUGUGUUCUUGAAAUGACUUCAUGAACAGCAAUAGUGCUCUCUCUGGCUUCCAGACUACCAAGUUGGUCACUUACAUAAUGUCAGUAAGGUUCAGGGAAACUAUUUACUCGGUACAUUUUCAGUCACUGUUAAUGUGCCUUAUGAAAGAUUUUAACUGAACAUGAGUUUGUCUUUUCUAAUUUAUACUAUUUAUUCAAACUUGUCUGUACGAUUGAUGCUGUAAAGAGGAUUUGUGCACUUUUUAUACAUUUAUAAUGUUUUUUUUUAAUGUUUUUUAAUCUUGUCAUUACAUCUUCAAUUUAAUAAAUCUUUGUAUGCAAAA